AUGACUAGACAGUACAACGCAGGUUCCAGGAGUGGACAGUACAACGCAGGUUCCAGGAGUGGACAGUACAACGCAGGUUCCAGGACUGGACAAUACAACGCAGGUUCCAAGACUGGACAAUACAACGCGGGUUCCAAGACUGGACAGUACAACGCAGGUUCCAGGACUGGACGAUACAACGCGGGUUCCAGGACUGGACAAUACAACGCAGGUUCCAGACUGGACAGUACAACGCGGGUUCAAGGACUAGACAGUACAACGCAGGUUCCAGGACUAGACAGUACAACGCAGGUUCCAGGAGUGGACAGUACAACGCAGGUUCCAGGAGUGGACAGUACAACGCAGGUUCCAGGACUGGACGAUAUAACGCAGGUUCCAGGACUGGAUAAUACAACACAGGUUCCAGGACUGGACGAUACAAAGCAGGUUCCAGGACUUGACAGCACAAUGCAGGUUCCAGGACUAGACAGUACAACGCAGGUUCCAGGACUAGACAGUACAAUGCAGGUUUCAUGA